UUGUUUUCUUUGCAGUACAUCAUGCAGAUCUUCGUGAAAACCCUCACUGGAAAGACUAUUACUCUUGAAGUAGAACCUUCAGACACCAUUGAAAAUGUAAAGGCAAAAAUUCAGGAUAAGGAAGGCAUCCCCCCAGACCAGCAGAGAUUGAUCUUUGCUGGUAAGCAGUUGGAGGAUUGUCGCAUUCUUUCUGACUACAAUAUCCAGAAGGAAUCUACACUCCAUUUGGUAUUGCGUCUUAGAGGAGGAAUGCAGAUCUUUGUGAAAUUUACAGGAAAGAUUACCCUAGAAGUAGAACCUUCAGACACCAUUGAAAAUGUAAAGGCCAAAAUUCAGGAUAGGGAAGGCACCCCCCCAAACCAGCAGAAAUUGAUCUUUGCUGGUAAGCAGUUGGAGGAUUGUCGCAUUCUUUCCGACUGCAAUAUCCAGAAGGAAUCUACACUGCAACUUAUUAGAGAAGGAAAAGAAAACAACAUCUUUGUGAAAACCCUUACCCUUACAGGAGAGACCAUUAUCCUAGAAUUAGAAUCUUCACACGAUAUCACAUUCCCCCCUUUGUUAUUGUUGCGUCAUAGAGGAAUGCAGAUCUUUAUGAAAAAAUAAAGUAUUCCGGAUGAAAUGUUCAAAUUUCCUUUAAUGUAUGGAAUGGAAAAGAUUUAAUCACAUUGUUAUUAUUUUAACCGAACCCAAA